UUUUAACCUAUCAUAGUGCGAAACGCGUCUGAAGGUGCGAAAAACAAGGACCUCAUACCAACAUGGUGUUUACUUCUCCAAGCUGGGUGCCUCAGCUCCCAAUUGAUCCUCCUGAUUCGAUACCUAUUGCUGAAUUUAUGAAGAAUGAGGCGUAUGGUCGCCAACCCAUUGCCAAGAGCAGACAUCCAUUUACCUGCGGUAUCACUGGUCGUUCAUACUCGGCACCUGAACUGUUCGAGCGGUCAGAGUCCUUUGCAAGAGCUUUGGCAAAGCGUCUUCAAUGGCAGCCAAAUGAAGGAACGCCAUGGGAUAAGGUUUUGGCUAUCUUCUCUCUCAACACAAUUGACUUUGUAACUGCCAUCUAUGGCGUUCACCGACUCAAUGGGAUUGCCACGCCGGCCAAUGCCGCUUACUCCUCUGAUGAACUGACUCAUCAGCUCAAGGCAUCAGGAGCCAAGGCUCUAGUCACUUGUACACCACUACUCGAGGUAGCACUUGAGGCAGCCAAGAACGUUGGCAUACCAGACGAAAACGUCUAUCUGUUCGACAUACCGCGAGCUGAACCUACCUCAAGUUUCAAACAUGCUUCCGUAGAGGAUCUUAUCAACGAAGGUUCGAAACUUGAAGAGCUCGAGAAGCUCCAGUGGGUUCAGGGUCAGGGUGCACGUCAGACAGCCUUUUUAUGCUUCUCAAGUGGAACAUCAGGAUUACCGAAAGCUGUGAUGAUAUCUCAUAGAAACGUCAUCUCGAAUGUAUUGCAGCAUGUUACCUAUGACUCUGCCGCCAGACAGAAGAAAGGCGUGGAAACACAAGCAGUGACAGGGUUUCUGCCCUUCUCUCAUAUCUACGGCCUUGUUAUUGCUGCUCAUACUUGCACGUGGCGAGGUGAUCAGGUCAUUGUUCUCCCAAAGUUUGACUUGAAUGAUUUCCUCAAGUCGAUCCAAGAAUUCAAGAUUCGGCAGCUGCUAGUGGUACCACCAAUUAUCAUCCAAGUCUUAAGAUUCAAGGAUAUUUGCGCCAAGUAUGACCUAAGCAGUGUUAAAUUCGUCUACUGCGGCGCUGCACCGCUGGGUGAAGAGACUAUCCAGGAUAUGAAGAAUCUCUACCCUGAUUGGACAAUCGCCCAAGCCUAUGGAAUGACUGAGACUGCCACCGUCGUCACGUCUUCAAGCGAGGAUGAUGUCUUUACAAAAGGCUCUGGGUCCUUAUUGCCGGGUGCCAAAGCCAAGAUCAUUGACCUUGAAGGCAACGAGGUCACUGAGUAUGACAAGCCAGGCGAGCUCCUCGUUCAAGCCCCGUCAGUUGUGCUGGGCUAUCUGAACAACGAGAAGGCUACCUCUGAAACGUUUGUACAUCACCAAGAUGGAAGAUAUAUCCGCACUGGAGACGAAGCCAUAGUGACUUUGGCUCCGUCUGGUCACGAACAUAUUGUGAUUGUCGAUAGAAUCAAGGAACUCAUCAAGGUCAAGGGCCAUCAGGUUGCACCCGCGGAACUCGAGGCUCAUAUUCUGACAAGCCCACAUGUCUUUGACUGUGCUGUGAUCCAGGUACCUGAUGAGAGAUCAGGAGAGGUACCGAAGGCUUUUGUAGUGAAGAGUUCUUUGGCUGAGUCCUUGGAUGAGAAGAAAGUGGCGAAUGAUAUCAUGAAGCAUGUUGCUGAUAACAAGGCUUCCUAUAAACAACUUAGAGGAGGUGUAGAGUUCCUGGAGGUUAUACCCAAGAGUCCAAGCGGAAAGAUCCUUCGUCGACUGCUUAGGGAUAAGGAGCGAGAGAAGAGACGAGCUGAGGGAGCAAAGCUAUAGAUCUUAGAAUACUUGAGCGCCUACUUUAGCAUUUUCAUUGUGGUAUUUGUAAUUUUCCGAGGAAGACUAGUGGUUUACUCUAGUCUUUCUUCUUCAUUCAAUAUGAG